UUGUGUAUAUCCGUCAGAUCCUUUAAGUGCAAUUACCAUAAAUCCAUUAGAAUCCUUCAUAUCGAGCAGCUCAAUUGGUGAGAGUGUGGGAGGCGUAUCUCUGAAGUGCACCUUAAUCAACGAGAAGCAAGUGGGCUGUAAACACCACUCUCAAUAUCUCAGGGUACGAUUGUUGACACUGAAAAAAGACACGUGUUUUUAGACAUAUCCAACCUUGUACCUGCCACCUGUCCGCUCCCACUGCGAAUGAUCCCACGGUAAAAGAGUUCACGUCACCUGUCCCGCUGCACCUUUAGUUGACAAAAACAAUCGCAAACCCACUGGUUCGUCUUGUUGUGGCUCUAUUUCGCUCACUGGAUAGAAACCUCGGUCAGAAGAAUGAGGUUUGUGGCCAUAGCUGUGAGCCUGGUGCUGGCGGCAAUGCGGACGGAGGCGUGGAGUUGGUGGGGUAGCAAAGACACGGUUCAGGAGAAGGCCGCCCUGUGUCCUGAGCCGCAGGAUAUUUUCCCUUGUGUGUGUUCAAAUUUCUCAGUUUUGUCGAUGAAAAUGGACUGCUCCGAGGUGCUAGACGAGGGUGAACUGGCGCGUGUGUUUUCUGCCUUCUUCCCUAUCAAGGCGUUUGACAAGCUGACUAUCUCUCAUAACCAGUUCCUCACGACGCUUCCCGAUGGAGUGUUCGGCGAGGUUUCGUUCACCAACAUCUACGUGACCGGGGGAGUAUUGGAGUCAGUGGGGGAAGCGGCCUUGACCUCCAGCUUCAUCACGGCGGAGCGACUUAUGUUCAACAACAACCAAAUAUCAAAUUUCCCCUUCCAUAUCCUCUCCAACUUCUCAAAAUUAACGUCUAUAAGCCUCGCCUACAACAAUCUUAAUGAACUGCCAGACCUCUCCUCUGAUUCACUGGAAAACUUGUACAUUAAUAACAAUCUUUUGGGCAAUGUCGCCGCCUCCACCUUCACGGGGACGCCGGCAAUCUCAGUUAUCUACCUGCAAGAGACAAACCUUCAGGAGAUAAUUCCAGGAACCUUCAGCAACCUGGCGCACCUGAACACGGUCUAUCUUUUCCGGAACAGUCUGACGAAAGUGCCGGCAUUAGCGGUAGAGUUUUCUUCAGAUCAAGGCUCAGUCUACCUCAGUCUCAACAACAUCACUAAGGUCGCUCCCAACGCCUUUCCAGGCCUGACGGGCGGGAAGGUGGAGGUUCAGCUCAACGAGCUGACGGAACUCCCGGAGGAGGUGUGGCGCCCACUGCUGGAGGACGGAGUCAACAUUACUCCCUGGGGCAAUCCUCUCGUCUGCGGGUGUGACAUCGCGUGGCUCCUCAACACGUCUUUCAUUGCACAAAUCGAUCCAGUGUUCACCACAUGUGAGGACGGACGGAAGCUGGCCUUGCUAGACCCCGCUGACUACGCUGACUGCUGAUUCUUCCCUCCAUCACUAUUCUUGUCUCCUCUGAGGUUGUUUCCAUCCACCAAUGGAUAAUCAGUGUUGAGCUUCAUGAAUACAACUACGAAUAUAUUAUCUCUUGGUUGGUAAUCAUCAGGAAAUCACCUUCCUCUCAAUGAUUCACCUAUAGCUUACCGAGAACUGAUGAUAAAUAAAUAAAUAAAUAAAAUGCAACUAUACAAAUCAGAUUUAAAUUUUACACAUUUAAAUUAAAAUUUUACACAUGC